CAGAUCCAAGUCCGGUUUAAAUUAGAGGUUAUGAAUUUUUAAAGUCUGAUUUUCAUCAACGUUGGCUUAGAUUUAGAAAUUUAUGAAUUCCCGCGCAAAAAGUUGAGGUUAUUUUUAGUUGUUUACUAAAAGUGUAUGAAUUAAAUUGUUAAAAUUAAAAUAUAUGACAAUAAUAAGAGUUAAUUAUAUAUAUAUGUAUAUAUGGUAAUUGAUUAUUUAAUUGUUGAUAUAAUGAAGAGUUCAAGUAAAUAAUUAAUUGUUGGGGGAAAAAUGUCAAGUUUUAAAAGCAGAGAAUUUAAAGGAAAUAAAAGUAAAUUAAUAAAUAAAAGUAACGAAGAAAAUUUUAAUUGCUCAUUAGACACUAGUGUAAUUAAUAAAUUAUUGUGUGAGGAAACUCCCAAGAGGGUCAAUAAUAAAAGAAAAAAUAUUGACGAUAGUUUUGAAAUUUAUGAUUCAGAUGAUUUUUGUUCACCGGAAAUUAAAUUUGAACCGGGAGUCAAAUUCGAAUUGAAUUCAAAUCAAAAAAUUGUUAAGGUUCCGUUGAAAAAUCCGCUUUGAUGCAUUUUAUUGAUCAGCAGUUGAGUGGAAAUUAAAUUUUAGAAGAAAAAAUUGAUAGUUCUAGUAGAAAUUAAAUAAUUAAUUAAAAAUGCCGCCAAAAAGACAAUCGACUUAUGUGAGUUCGGAUGAUGAUGUAUCAAAUUUGGGUACGCGAGAAACUAGAAGCCGGUGCAACAGAGGUUCAGUUACAAAAAGUCCGUCGAAGACUAAAAAAAUAACAAACGAACCGGAGAAGCCUAGAGAAGGCGGCAUAAUUGUCAAAAUACGCAGGUCAACUGAGCAGAGUCAGUACAAAUGUGAAAUUGCGGAACGCAGAGCCUCGCUGAGGACCAGCAUCAGCACGCCGAUGAGGUACCGGGACGUGAGCACAUCCCAGAGUCCGAGCUCCAAGAGCCCCAAGUACAAAACGAGAUCAGCCUGCGCGAUGGCUGACAAAAUGUCGGGGUUGAAAAUCUCUGAGGACAAAGAGAACAAAUCUGAUGAUGAUCUAGACAGUAGUCUGGAGUUAUUUCAGCCGAAAAUGCGAAGAACUCAGCGCGCGAUGACUCCAAGUAAAAUAACUCAACUGCUGGAGGAAGCGCCAGAGACUCCACGACUCCGUGGGUUGAGGACUCCUGUGAAAAAAGCUGCGGCGACUCCCAAGAGAUUGAAGGAAAUUGUCGAGGAAGCGACACCUCAACGUAAAUCAAAGGCUCCAGCAACUCCCAAGUCUGCAAAAGCUCCAGCGACUCCUAAGUCUGCAAAAGUUUCAGCGACUCCUAAAGGAACUCCACGUAAUUUACGAUUCUUGACUCCGUCAAUGCAAUCGCGAACUGCUGGAAUAUCAAAACCCGUUACCGUUUUAGAAAAAGCUCGAGCGCAGUUACACGUGUCCGCGGUUCCCAAAAGUUUGCCCUGCAGAGACCAGGAGUUCAAUGACAUCUUUAUGUUUCUGGAAAAGAAAAUAACCGACGGAAGUAGCGGGUGCAUGUACAUCAGUGGAGUUCCCGGUACCGGGAAGACCGCAACCGUAAAUGAAGUUAUCCGGUGUCUGCGUAAAUUAACUCACGAUAAUCGACUGCCUGCAUUUCAGUGCGUGGAGAUAAACGGAAUGAAGCUAUCCGAACCCAGACAAGCUUACGUCCAGAUACUGAAGCAGCUGACUGGUAAAAGCACCACCUGGGAAGAGGCCCACAAGGCCCUGGACAAAAGAUUUGCUGGAAAAAGAUCCAAAGGGGACAAAGACUCCAUCACGCUGCUGGUGAUUGAUGAACUGGACGUACUCUGCAACAAAAGGCAGGACGUCGUCUACAAUUUACUGAACUGGCCUUCUCAGCAAGCUGCGCAGUUGGUCGUCAUCACCAUCGCCAACACCAUGGAUCUGCCCGAGCGCGUGCUGAUGAGUCGCGUCACUUCUAGAUUGGGGUUGACAAGAUUGACCUUCCAGCCCUACAACUUCAAGCAGCUCCACGAGAUCGUCAUCACCAGACUGAACGAAUCCGACGCUUUCAAGAGCGACGCGAUUCAGUUAGUAGCCAGGAAAGUCGCCGCAGUUUCGGGGGACGCGAGGCGCGCACUGGAUAUCUGCCGACGCGCAACUGAAAUCGCGGAGAUGCAGGAGUCCAAGGUCGUGGGUAUUUCGCAUGUCAAUGAAGCUCUCACGGAAAUGAUUGCCAGUGUUAAAGUACGCGCUAUCAAACAUUGUUCGGAAAUGGAACGUGUUUUUCUUCAGGCUGUUUGCGCUGAAAUAACGCGCACUGGAGUUGAAGAAACAACUUUUAUUAAUGUUUAUAAACAACUUGAAGCUCUAUGUUCCUUUGAAGGUGUUGCGAGUCCUAAUAUUACUCAGGCACUGGGGAUCUGCAAUCGUCUGAGUGCGUUCCGAUUGAUUAUUUGCGAUGAGCCACGAUGCGAUAUCAUGCAGAGAUUGUUCCUCAAUGUCUCCAGUGAUGAUGUUCACUACGCGUUGCAGAAUGUUGACCUAUAAUUUUAUUAUUAUUUUUUUUCUAAUUGUUAAUUUGCUAAAUCUUUACUUUACACCUCGCAUUGACAAUUGUUUAAAUUUUUUAUGAUAGUUUGUAGUUACGACACUAAUUUAUGACUUAUUAUUAUUAUUUUUUUUGUUAGUUAGCGAUUUAUUAUUAUUUUUCCGGUCAUUCAAUGAAUUUUCGUACGUAAAAAAAAUAUGACUGAUUUUUGUAAAAAGAAUAA